AUGGUGACCAACGAGGGGGAGGUGCCCAUGGUCUCUAUCUUCAAACAGAAGAGGAUCAAAGGAUGGUGGCCCUUCGUGGCACGCAACGAGGAGGACGAGUUCGAACUCACGGGGAAAGUGGAGGCAGAGCUUCACCUUCUGACCGGAGAAGAGGCCGAGAAGAGUCCAGCUGGAGACGGACGCAACGAACCAGAACCACUGGAGAAACCCAAUCGUCCAGACGUGGCUCUCCUCUGGUUCCUGAUUCCUCUCAAAGCAGCGAAACACCUGGUGUGUGACCAGUAUCGCUGGUUGACCAUAAAGAUUGUGACGGCGCUCCUGCUGCUCGCCAUCCUGGGGCUGUUCCUCUACAACAUGCCGGGCUACAUGGUGAAGAAGAUGCUGGGAGCGUAG